AUGGGUAAGGAGAAGACUCAUAUCAACAUCGUCGUGAUUGGUCACGUGGACUCUGGCAAAUCUACUACCACAGGGCAUCUCAUCUACAAAUGUGGUGGCAUCGACAAACGUACCAUCGAGAAGUUUGAGAAGGAGGCCCAGGAGAUGGGCAAGGGAUCGUUCAAAUACGCAUGGGUAUUGGACAAGCUAAAAGCUGAACGUGAACGUGGUAUCACUAUUGACAUCGCGCUGUGGAAGUUCGAGACAGCAAAAUACUAUGUCACCAUCAUCGACGCGCCCGGUCAUAGGGACUUCAUCAAGAACAUGAUCACGGGCACUUCCCAAGCUGACUGCGCAGUGUUGAUAGUAGCCGCGGGCACCGGUGAAUUCGAAGCUGGAAUCAGCAAGAACGGACAGACGCGGGAACAUGCGCUGCUGGCCUUCACGCUCGGCGUCAAGCAGCUCAUUGUGGGUGUUAACAAGAUGGACUCUACAGAGCCCCCCUACCACGAAGCACGCUACGAGGAAAUCAAGAAAGAGGUGUCUUCCUACAUCAAGAAGAUCGGAUACAAUCCAGCAACUGUAGCAUUUGUGCCGAUCUCUGGUUGGCACGGCGACAAUAUGCUGGAGCCCUCUGACAAAAUGCCCUGGUUCAAGGGAUGGACCAUCGACCGCAAGGAGGGCAAAGUUGAGGGCAAGUGCCUCAUCGAGGCUUUGGAUGCGAUCCAGCCUCCGUCGCGGCCGACCGAGAAACCGCUGCGUCUUCCUCUGCAGGACGUAUACAAGAUAGGAGGCAUCGGCACCGUCCCCGUGGGACGAGUCGAAACUGGCAUCCUUAAACCAGGUAUGGUGGUUGUUUUUGCACCGGCCGCCAUCACGACUGAGGUAAAGUCUGUGGAGAUGCACCACGAGGCUUUGCAGGAAGCCAUGCCAGGAGACAACGUUGGAUUCAACGUCAAGAAUGUAUCAGUGAAGGAGCUCCGCCGAGGAUAUGUGGCGGGCGACUCCAAGAAUGCCCCGCCUAAAGGUGCUUCAGACUUCACUGCUCAGGUGAUUGUGCUUAACCACCCUGGUCAGAUCAGCAACGGCUACACACCGGUAUUGGACUGCCACACGGCACACAUUGCCUGCAAAUUUGCCGAGAUAAAGGAAAAAUGCGACCGUCGUACAGGUAAAACCACUGAAGUGGACCCGAAGUCGAUAAAGUCUGGUGACGCGGCCAUCGUGAUGUUGGUGCCCACCAAGGCUUUGUGCGUGGAGUCGUUCCAGGAAUUCCCGCCGCUCGGCCGCUUCGCCGUCCGCGACAUGCGGCAAACAGUGGCCGUUGGCGUCAUUAAGAGCGUAACCUUCAAAGAAGUAACUACGGGUAAAAUCACCAAAGCCGCCGAGAAGGCGCAAAAGAAGAAAUAACUAUGGGGCACAUUGAAGCAACCGCCGCAGCAGGCGCAAGGCGGGCGAGCGCGGGCCCCGGGGCCCCUGCACGAGGCCGGGCCGCCCCCGCCCGCGCCCCCACGCCCCGCCCCCGCCCCGCACCAGCUCGCGCCCCGACCCCCCCUCCCGUACACCGCCACGAGGAGCUUCUUCACUGGUCGUCUCACACUCAUCCCCGAAGUAUGCAU